UCCUCCAAGAAGCCAAAAGUGAUCAUAAAUCCAAAACCACUCAUUCUCUCUUGCACUGAAACUCUCCAAAGAAUAAGAAGAUAACAUGGCGGCGACAAGCGCAUCUGCUUUGCUCUCACCAACAACUUUCUCCACCGUAAUCUCCCAGAAAAACCCAAACUCCAUCUCAUUCCACGGCCUUCGUCCUCUCCGACUCGGUGGCUCCUCCGCCUUACCAAAGCUAUCCACCACCUCCGGAAGAAGAUCUUCCUCCUCCGCCGUUGUGAGAGCUGAGCUUAGCCCAUCGGUCGUCAUAAGCCUCAGCACAGGUCUCUCCCUCUUCCUAGGCCGGUUCGUCUUCUUCAACUUUCAGAGAGAGAAUGUGGCAAAACAGGUGCCGGAGCAGAACGGGAAGACCCACUUCGAAGCGGGAGAUGAUCGUGCCAAGGAGUACGUAAGCCUCUUGAAAUCGAACGAUCCAGUUGGAUUCAACAUCGUGGAUGUUCUUGCUUGGGGUUCUAUUGGUCACAUCGUUGCUUACUAUGUAUUGGCCACUUCCAGCAAUGGCUAUGAUCCCAGCUUCUUUGGCUGAUUCAUUCCAUAUUCUGUCUCUUUAUAUGUAUAUGUUUGACUUGUAUGGCAAGUUACCUAGACUAUUCUCUUUCUUUGUUUCUUCUGCUUGUUUCUGCCUCUGUGAGUCUUUCUUUCGUUUGAAACAUAUUAUAUAUUUCGUGAUCCA